AUGGAGCCCAGAACUUUAGACGACAGUACUAUGGAACCAUUUGCCAUCAUUGGACUAUCUUUCAAGUUGCCUGGUGAGGCUACAAAUGAGGCUAGCUUCUGGAAAAUACUUUCAGAGCGCAAAAACCUCUCCACAGACUGGCCUAAAGACCGGUUUACUACUGGCUCAAUUUUCAACAAUGGAGAGCAACGUAUGGCCUUAGAAGCGGCGUAUCAUACUUUCGAAAAUGCUGGCAUACCCAUCGAAAAACUUCGUGGUAGCCAAACCGCUGUGUUUGGAGCAACUAUGUCGGAUGAUUACGCCAAGAUGAUGGCUAAAGAUGGUGAUACUGCCCCUCCGCAAGCAGUCACUGGAGGGCAACCGGGAAUACUGCCCAAUCGAAUCAGUUGGUAUUUUGACCUGCGUGGGCCUAGUGUCCACCUCGACACAGCAUGUUCUAGUAGCAUGGUUGCAGUUGAUAUGGCGUGUCAAGCGAUGAGAAGUGGUAAUGCCAAAGCGGCUUUGGUUCUCGGUUCCAAUCUGCUUCUUAGUUCGGACUCGACGAUACUUCUAGAACAGGGAAAGUUCCUUUCGCCUGAUAGUAAGUGCUUCAGCUUCGAUGCGCGAGCUAAUGGCUAUGCUCGUGGUGAGGGCAUAGCAGCUCUCCUACUUAAGCCGUUGCAUAAUGCUAUACAAGAUGGAGACAUCAUUCGAGCAGUUGUACGAGGAACUGGCUCUAACCAGGAUGGUCGAACGCCGACACUUACGCAGCCUAGUGCCGAAUCUCAAGAAGCUCUCAUUCGCCGGGUCUAUGCCCAGGCCGGAUUGGGAUUUGAGGACACGAGAUAUAUCGAAGCUCAUGGCACGGGAACCUCAGUGGGAGAUCCUAUUGAGGUGUUUGCAAUUGGAAGUGUGUUCAGGGAAUACCGCUCGCAGGAGGAACCUCUCUUAGUAGGAUCGGUGAAGGCUAAUAUUGGCCAUCUUGAAGGGGCUAGUGGAGUCGCUGGUAUCAUAAAAGCAAUUCUAGCGCUGGAGAAAGGAGUCAUUCCACCGACUGCCCUCUUUGAGAGUAUGAACCCGAAAAUUGACGGAGACUUUUACAAUAUACAGGUUCCUAUAAAGAGUACCCUAUGGCCAACAUCUAAUCUCCGUCGAGUUUCGGUCAAUUCCUUUGGCUACGGAGGGACAAAUUCCCACAUUAUCUUGGAUGAUGCCUUGCAUUAUCUUCAAAGUCAUGGACCUACUGGCUAUCAUCAUUGCACUGUCGCCCCUUCCAUUGCCGAGGAACCCACUGUCAAUGGAGCCGUAAAUUCCACAACCAUCAGUAACAGUAAUGACUUCAAUACUGGAUCAACAGAGCUCAAGCUUCUGCCAAUGCCGAAACUACUUAUAUGGAGUGCUGCGGAUUCAAAUGCUCUGGAGCGCAUGAAACACACCUACCAAGAUUAUUACCAAGCUCACAUCGUCGGAAGCAGCGCAAAAACUGACCAGCUGGCAUAUACGCUGGCAGCAAGACGAUCUGCUAUGCCAUGGCGAACUUUUACUAUAGUCGGUGGACAAAAGAAUCCCGUCGACAAAGAAAAACUUGACGGCGACGUGCUUCCUCUAUCCCUGGUGCCAGCAAUCCGAGCGCCGACUAAAAAGCCUGUCAUUUCCUUCGUCUUCACAGGACAAGGGGCGCAAUAUGUUGACAUGGGGUUGGAGCUGUUACGUUACUCCGUUUUUGAGGAAAGUUUACGAAAAUCUGAUGGCAUUUUGGCCAGUCUAGGAAGUGGCUGGUCAAUAUUCGAUGAGCUUCGCAAUGAGCAAAACAUCAACCGUCCAGAAUUCAGCCAGCCGCUUUGUACCGUGCUGCAGAUUGCCCUAGUCGACCUCCUUUCUAGUUUUGGUGUAACGUCCAGUGUUGUGGUUGGACAUUCUAGCGGAGAAAUUGCCGCUGCGUACACUACCGGCGCCAUAUCUCACAAAUCUGCAUGCAAAGUGGCAUAUUUUCGUGGAAAAGUAACCGAAAAGCUUCGAGCUAUGACUGAAAUUACAGGCGCCAUGAUUGCAGCUAAUAUUCCUGAAUACGAAGUUCCUGCAUAUCUGGCAGAGUUAGAUUUGGGAUCUUGGAAAGACACAAUUUGCGUUGCAUGCGUAAAUAGCCCUACCAAUGUCACACUCUCUGGCCCUUCAGAAGCUAUUGAUAUCUUCAAAGUUGAUCUUGAUCAGCGUGGUAUCUUUGCUCAGAAGUUGAAUACUGGUGUCGCAUACCAUUCUCCGGCCAUGCUGACCGUUGCUGACGAAUAUGCCUCGCUGAUGGGCUCUCUCGAAUCGGACAUAGCAAAAAGCCAGACUAGCCGGAUUCAAAUGAUUAGUUCCAUCACUGGCCAUCUUGUUUCUUCGGAACUAUUGUCAACUGCUCAGUACUGGGUUGACAACAUGGUUUCGCCUGUGCGAUUUACAGAUGCCAUAAAACUGUUAGAGAAAAAGGCUGAAGAGUCAGUUACAGGAGAACCAGAAAUCAUCACUGAUAUAGUUGAGAUUGGUCCUCACCCAGCCCUGAGGAGGCCAAUAAAAGAUUCAAUUUCAUCGCCUGUACGAUAUCACUCUGUUUUGGAGCGUAAAAAGUCGUCACUACACACCAUUUUGAUCGUUUUGGGAACAUUGUGGUGUCACAAAUAUCCUGUUUCUAUAUUGGCCGGAAACGUUCAAGCAGAGGGCAAAUUUCCCUUCCUCGUUGAUUGUCCCCCAUAUCCAUUUGAUCACAGCCGACGCUACUGGGCUGAGUCAAGGUUGAGCAAAGACUUCAGACUGAGGCCAAGCUCGCCUGGAUAUAUGCUUGGAAGACGUAAUCAUGACUGGAAUGCACUGAGACCACAGUGGAGAAAUUGGCUAAGCACCGAAGCAAUGCCUUGGCUUGGGGAUCAUAUGAUUUCCAACAAAAUUAUUUGCCCUGGGACAGGAAUGGUAGUCAUGGCCAUCGAGGCUGUGAGACAAGAAAUAUCUGUAAGCCACCGUAAAGUUUCAGGGUUUCUCUUGAAGAAAACUCAAUUCCUUGCUCCAAUCACGGUCGGCAAGACUGUACAGACUGCUACUGAGACAGUCCUUCAUUUGCAUCCCAUACAGAACACGUACGAAAAAGAACAAACAUACUAUGAAGUCAAUAUAUUUACCUACCGCGAUGAGCGAUGGACACAAUGUUUCCGCACCGAUGUCCAAGUACAGCAUGAAGAAGCCAAUAAGACUCAAGUGGACGGCGGCCUGGAGAACCAACUUUGGCAAAAGCAGUUCCAACAGCGCUUUCAGGAAGCGGCCGAGUCUUGCAACGAGACUGUGGAUAGAAAUGCCUUCUACCGGUAUUGCGAUGAGCAUGGCAUCCAUUAUGGCGAGACAUUUCAACUUCUACGAGAAAUUGAAUGGGACGGUAGUCAAAAGUCAACUGCACGAAUUGAUCUAACUGCAUUCAAAAAACAGGAUGAGAUGACUGAGAGCCUUGCCCAUCCAGCUGUUCUAGACGCAGGUAUUCAUCUCCUUCUAGUACAAAUUUCGAAAGGUCUUGGUGAAAAUAGUGCAACAGUUGUUCCGCAACGGAUAGCAAACCUAUGGAUCUCGGCCAAAACGUGGAGUAGUUCAACGUCAUCGUUGCGUCUGAAUUCAAUUCUCAAUGCAGAACCUGACAGCCCUGGCAGUCUCAAAGGCUCCGUGUGGGCAUUGACUGAUGAUAAUUCACCGCUUUGUUCCGUAGAGGAUGUGAUUUUGACGGAAGUUUCGCAACCCAACCAGUUCAAAGAUCCAGAUGAUCAAGUAAUGAUUUACAACAUUGCUUGGAAACCGCAGCUGAGCUCUCUGACUGGUAAAGAGCUGCUCAAAUUGUGCGAUGAUACUGCCCUGGUCCACGACGAGACCUUCGAAAACGAAUGGACGCUGAAGGCAGAGUCCAUCAUGAUAUUAGCUACGCAAAAGGCCUUGCGGGGCUUGAAAGAAGUAGAUCUCGAACGUGCUCCAAGCUAUAUGUGGCGGUAUCUAAAAUCCCUUGAGCACCUCUCCGCCACACCAUCAGCUGGUGAAGCCAAAUAUAUUAGCGACUCAGAACUUGAUUUCCUUCUGGAAGAGUGCGAACUAACAAAUCCAGACUGUGGGGUGUUUUUGACCAUUGGACGUAUGCUACCAUCCAUUCUACGGGGCGAACAAGAUCCUCUGGAACUGAUGUUCGCAACCAAGAGUGCCGAAAAGCUCUACACCUACCUCGCCAACCAGCAAAUGCGCGAUGGCCGCUUUGCAAAAUUUCUCGACAUAGCAUCACACGAGAAACCCACUCUUAAAAUUCUCGAGAUUGGUGCAGGAACUGGAAGUAUGUCUCGUCAUGUCCUCGACUCUCUCAGCCGCUUUGAGAAAGAAACAGGUCAAUACCGUUUCGCCAGCUAUACAUAUACCGAUAUUUCACCAAUGUUUUUUGAAGCUGCACAAGAGGAAUUCGAAGACUUCCAUGGAAGACUGCUGUAUAAGACACUUGACUUGGAAAGCGACCCUAUUAAACAAGGUUUUGAGCUUGAGAGUUAUGAUUUAGUCAUUGCAGGUCUCGUUAUUCAUGCUACAUCUAAUCUAAAGGCAACUCUGGGGCGUGUAAGACAGCUGCUCAAACCUGGAGCUCACAUCGCUAUGCAGGAAGUAGUCGCUACGAAUAGUGCUUGUGCGAAUGUCACCUUCGGCUCGCUUCCGGGUUGGUGGCUCAGUACCGAAGAGUGGCGCGAAUAUACACCUCUCUUGACAACAGAUCAUUGGGGAGAGCUGUUAAUCGAGACGGGAUUCUCUGGGGCAGACAUAGUCCUCAGGGAUCAUAAAAGCGACAUUUGUCACCUAUGCAGUAUGAUCAUUUCGAAGAAGGUCGAUACUGCAGAUUCAGAAACGAUCGCAGCUUCAAUGUUGAAUGGCGAUUCGGAGCCUAAGCAGAAUCGGAUCCAGCUUUUUAUCGAUGGGAACUCUGAUUCUCAACGUGUCCUAGCGGCAGAAAUCCACAAUCAGAACCCAAAUACACAAAUUUUGGAAUUGGAACAUCUCAUAAAAGGAUUGUGGUGGCCUUCGUCCAAAGACACCAUUGUUUCUCUAGUGGAGUUUGACAUGACACGACUAAGUUCUUUGUCUGAGCAAGAAUUCCGGUCAUUGAAGGAGCUUGUACAAGGCGUAGAAGCUAUUUUGUGGGUUGGUUCUCUGCCAUUAGCUGAUGGCAAAAUGAUCAAUCCAUUUCCCGCCGUUGCGACAGGUUUCCUGCGCAGUAUCCAGUCUGAGGAACCUGAGAAGCAUAUUGUGACUCUGAUCGCCGAGUCCGGGUUUCCGAAAACGGCAGCAAAACAUGUGCUCGAUAUCAUUGACAAAUGCUUUGGAGAAAAGCCCAAAUCUCUCGAAAUUGAGUUUGUUGUGCAAGGUGGCCAUUUGACGAUUGGGCGCUUGAUGAAAGGAAUUGAACUCGAUGCCAAACGAUCGGCACGCGUGAAGCCGCAACUCCGUACGGAACCAUGGAAGCCUGGUCCACCAGUAGCACUCGAGGUCGGGGCUCCAGGCAUGCUAGAUACACUACGUUUCGCGGAAGAUACUGCAUAUAACAACGCGUUGAGUCCGAAUGAAGUUGAAAUCGAGGCCGUUUCGUGGCCAGUUAGCUUUCGCGAUGUAUUUGUGGCACUUGGUCGGCUAGGUAUGGGAGGGCUUGGUGUUGAAUGCGCGGGAGUCGUCACACGGAUUGGAAACGAGUGUCAGUAUGACAUAAAAUAUGGUGAUCGUGUUGUGAUGGUUUCAGUGGGAUGCAUGAAGAGUCAUCCAAGGACUGAAGCUGAUAGAGUCGUUAAGAUCCCCAACAACUUGUCGUUCAACGAGGCUGCUGCAGCAGUUAAUCCUGGUAUCACGGCAUACUACUCAUUGAUAAGUAUAGCACGUCUGCAACGUGGAGAGAAAAUUCUUAUUCACUCCGGUGCAGGUAGCACCGGUCAAAUGGCUAUCGCCAUAGCACAAUGGCUUGGAGCAGAAGUUUUUACCACUGUUGGGUUUGAUGAAAAAAAGCAACUUCUUAUUGAUCGAUUUGGAAUUCCUGAUGAUCAUAUUUUCUAUAGCCGUAAUACCUCAUUUGCCAAAGGGAUCAUGCGGGUAACUAAGGGUUACGGCGUUGAUGUUGUGCUUAACUCACUGUCAGGGGAAGGACUUCGUGCAAGUUGGGAAUGCAUCGCACCAUAUGGAAGGUUUGUGGAGAUCGGGAAAGCGGACAUCGGGGUAGAUUCGUCGUUGCCUAUGGGUAGCUUUGCGAGAAAUACCAGCUUUGCUGCUGUUGACCUCAUACAUCUAUCCGUUACAAAUGUCAAGCUAUUACGUCAUCUAAUAGAGAAGGUGAUAACCUUGAUAUCUCAAGGAGAUAUUGGCGGGCCAGAGCCUUUGCACUUGUAUCCUGCGUCUAAUGUCGAAAAAGCCUUUCGGUAUCUGCAAAGUGGGAAGAAUACAGGCCGCAUUAUCAUGACGGGUCGAGAUGUGGAUCCUGUCCCUAAAUUUUUGACUCUCAAAAGUGACUGGAAUAUGAAUGCUAAUGCAUCUUACGUCGUUGCUGGUGGAUUUGGCGGUAUUGGCCGCGCAAUACUUCGAUGGAUGGCGGACAGAGGGGCUAAAAACCUCAUAGUUCCCUCAACUUCGGGGACUUCAUCCCAGGCAGCGGUGAACAUAGUUUCAGAACUAACAAGAAGAGGCGUUCGUGUAAUAACGAAAAUAUGUAAUGUUGCAUUAGAAACUGAUUUGACAGCAUUGCUACAAGACUGUGCCGUCAGCAUGCCGCCUAUCAAGGGAUGCAUCAACGCAGCUAUGGUCCUCCAGGACUCGGUAUUUGAAAACAUGACACAUGCGCAAUGGACAAAAACGAUACGGUCCAAAGUCAAUACAAGUUGGAAUCUUCACAAACUUUUGCCUAAAGAUAUGGAUUUCUUCAUUCUUCUCUCAUCCAUCGCAGGCAUCUAUGGAUCCCCCGGGCAAAGUGAUUACGCAGCUGGCUGUACCUUUCAAGACGCUUUAGCAAGAUCCCGAUCCGCUGCUGGAUAUAGAGGCUCAGUUGCAAUAAACCUCGGCUGGAUGCGUACCAUCGGCAUUAUUGCCGAGACAAAAGAAUAUCAACGUAACCGCCAAAAUGUCGGUGAUAUGUCCCAAGUUGAAGAAGCUGAUUUCUUCGCUCUGCUUGAGCAUUAUUGUAACCCGCUACUCCCCCCUCUCAGCACCCAGGAUAGCCAAGUUCUAAUUGGUGUAAUAACGCAAGCACACGUUCAUGCUCGGGGCGAGGCGCCGAUCGAUGUCUUACAACGACCUCUCUUUACUGGCUUCAGCGCUCCGCAGCUUUAUGAUGUGAAUAAGCACAAAUCUACCGUCUCAGCUCAGGAAGACCCGGCUGUCCUUUUCCGGCAAGCGGCGACCCCCCAAGACCGCAGCGUGGUGGUUGUUUCGGCCCUUAAAGCAAAGCUGGCGCGGGCAUUGGAUAUCUCAGUGGAUGAUGUAGAUUCUCAUCGCAACUUAUCAGAUUAUGGUACAGACUCGUUGAUGGCUGUGGAGCUGCGUAAUUGGAUUCGGAGAGACUUUGGGGUGUCUGUCGCUAUUUUUGAUCUCCUUGGUGGUGCCGAUAUUGCGACAUUAGGGGAUCUGAUCGCGAAGAAGUGA